AAUUACAAUAGUAUCAUACACCAUAUUUUGUGUGUUGUGAUCAUAAAAUUGAAUUGAUUGUCGUUUUUUUUAAAAAAAAAGACAUUUUAAAGACAUUCAAUCUGAUGGUGAACGAAAAAAAAAACAAAACCUGUGAAAUAUCAAUAACGACGACGCCACCUUUUUAUAAUGGACAAUCGCGCAUUUUCAACGAACAAUCAAGAUGGUGUUGAUAAUAUUGAUAUCGAUAAUAAUGAUGAUUUACAAUCAUUUCAAUCAUCAAUUUCAUCAUUGGCUACUAAUCAUGUUCAUGAUAUUCUUGUUAAUCGUUCAAUAGCUUAUUGUCAGGAUUUUUACCCAACAAAUAAAACUAAUCAACAUCAUCAUCAUUAUUGUAUAAAAUCGAAAAUUUUUUUUAGAAAAAUUAAAAAAUUUUAUCAAAAACAAAAAUAUUUAUUCAAUUUACAAAAAUUAUUUUAUGAAUUUUUACCAAUAUUUCAAUGGUUACCGAAUUAUUGUUGGAAAAAUGAUAUUAUACCGGAUUUGAUUGCCGGUACAACUGUAUUAGCAUUGAAUAUACCACAAGGUUUAGCAUAUGGUCAUUUGGCUGGUGUUGGUCCAAUCAAUGGCCUUUAUGUAUCAUUAUUUCCAUUAAUAAUGUAUUCAAUAUUUGGUACAUCAAAACAUAUUUCUAUUGGUACAUUUUCGGUCAUUUCAAUUGCAUGUAAAGAUGUUAUUGAAAGUUUUCAAUUUGUUAAUGAUGAUAAUAAUCUACAACAACAACAACAAUAUGAACCAAUUGAAAUAUUAAUAACAUUAUGUUUGCUUGUCGGUAUAAUUCAGCUUAUACUAGGUAUAUUUCGAUUAGGCAUCUUAUCGAUUAUAUUAUCCGAUACAUUAAUAUCGGCAUUUAUUGUUGGCAGUGCUGUUCAUGUGUUUACAAAUCAAAUUUUUGAUUUUAUUGGUAUUGAAUCGAAAAAUGAUGAAGAUUAUCAGAUUCCUUUACCAAUGGAUAUAGUUAAUGCAUACAUUUCAUUUUUUAGCCGAAUUCAUCAUACAAAUAUUGUUACAAUGUGUAUUUCAUUAAUAUCGAUUGGAAUUUUGAUUGGUUGCAAAUAUUUUUUCGAACCAUUUUUAAUGAAAAAAUUUCAACUAAAAUCUAUUACCAUUCCGAUUGAUAUUGCAUUGGUUAUAUUGAUAACAUUAUUAUCAUAUUUGUUAGAUUUUAAUGGAAAUUAUAAUGUUCAUAUCAUACCAAAUAUUCCGGAUGGAUUUACAGGAAUGCCCAAAAUUCCAGAUACAAAUCUUAUGUUACAAAUGAUACCAAAAGCAUUAUUAAUAUGUCUGAUAUCAUAUCUGAUAACAUUAUCAUUGGGAAAAAUGUAUGGUAAAAAAUUUGGCUAUAAAAUCAAUCCAAAUCAAGAAUUAAUUGCAUUAGGAACGGCCAAUAUAUUUUCAUCAUUUUUUCUUUGUUUUCCAUGUUGUGCAUCAUUAUCACGUUCGGCUGUACAACAACGUGUUGGUGGCCGUACACAAUUAGUCAGUAUAAUAUCAUCAAUAUUGAUGGUAAUAGUUUUAUCAUUACUUUCAACAUAUCUACGUACAUUACCGAAGUGUGUACUUUCAGCAAUCAUUUCGGUAGCCAUUUUUUCUACAUUAAAACGUAUACGUGAAUUAAAACAAGCAUGGAAAAUUUCCCGAUUAGAUGGCAUACUUUGGUUGAUAACAUUUUUAUUUGUCAUAUUAUUUGGUGUUGAUAAUGGUCUACUUUAUUCAAUAUUAUUUUCAUUUAUAAUAUUAAUUGCUAAAUUAAUAUCACCAACAAUCAAACUAAAAUUUCAACAAAAUGAUACGGAAAUUUUUCUGGAAAUAAGUAAUUCACAAUUUGAUCAUAAUCGUGAAAGAUUUUUUUAUUGUUUAAAUCAACAAAAUCGUUUGGUUGUAUUUGAAUUUCAAGGUCCAUUAAUGUUUAUAAAUGCAUUAUAUUUUCGUACACAAUUUUAUUCAAUUAUUGGUCGUUUUAUUGUCGAAUUGUACGAACAUGAACAUCGUAAUGUUAUUCCUAUCGCUGCUGAUGAUGAUAAUAAUAAUAAUCAAACCAUAACAGAAAACAAUAAAAAUUUUGAACCAUAUCGUAUUAUAUUAGAUUGUAGCCGUAUGACUUAUAUUGAUCAGAAAGGUGUUGAAGCAUUAACCGAAACUAUUGAUUUAUUAGAAAAAUAUAAUGCCCAAUUAAUAUUAACAUCUUGUUCACAAUUGGUAUAUGAAAAUUUGGAAAAAUUUAAAUUUUUUAACAAAUUCAGUCGCUAUGAUUGUUAUAUAUCAGUUAUUGAUGCUAUUAUUAUGUUUAAAAAAUAAAAUCAAAAUAUGUUUUUUAUUAUCUUUAUUUUUUCAAAUUUUAAAAAAUCAAUAAUCAUAAAGG